AUGCAAGUCAUUAAAAUCAUUUUAGCUAUUACUUGUUAUUCCGCAAGUAUAACGGCUUUACCUACCACAAUUAACCGUGCCACCAAAUGCGGUUUUCCAGACGAAAUUGGAGAAAACCUUCUUUUAAAGCGCUCCAGCGAAAUAAGCGGCUCGGCCGGUGCGAAUCACAUUUAUAUGUGCCCAAAAUGCCUUGAUUAUAGGAGUAAAAAUCAGGUUGCCGUUGGUAAUCACGCAUCCAAAUGCAAUGGUAACAGUCACUAG